AUGAAUAAAUACUUUCCCCUCUCAUUCAGAGAAAAGAAGGAGACCGAGUUCUUUGAGUUGAAACAAGGGAAUAUGACUAUAGAGGAGUAUGAAAGGAAAUUCAAUGAGUUGGCCCGUUUUGCUCCACACCUAGUUGAUACAGAAGAUAAGAUGAUCGCUAGGUUCAGAAAAGGGUUAAGAAUUGACAUCAAAGGAAUUAUGGCUGCACAUGUGAUUGACGAUUUCAGCGACCUGGUUAAGCGAGCGGAAGAAGUGGGCACGGCUCUUGGAACAAACCAUCCUACAUCAAAAUCGACAAAUCAACCAAUGAAGAGGAAAUGGGAAAAUCCUAACCAAAGUGGAGGAAACUUCCAAGAUAAGAGGUCGAAAUUUGGCAGUAACACCAGUGCAAACACACAAGUAACCAAACCACAAUGUCAGAAGUGUGGAAAGUUCCACAAUGGAGAGUGUCUGUGGGGAAAAGGAGUUUGCUUCUUUUGCCAUGAACCGGGACAUACAGUGAGUACUUGUCCUAAGAACAAGCGGAAUGUGCCCGAAGGGAGAAUGAACGUUGGGCUAAACAAAGGAAGUGGCAAAGAGCCAGAAAGAAAAGGAAAUGCCCGUUUCUUUUCCUUAACACAACAAGAAGAAGUUGAGGAUGGCAACACAAUGACGGGUACGUUAAUUAUAUCAGGAACACCUGCUGUUGUUCUAUUUGAUUCUGGAGCUUCACACUCAUUUAUUUCCCCUAAGUUUUGUCAAAAGAAUAAGAUCAUUUGGGAGGAAUAG